UGUAAUUGACCUUCACUUCAAUCGAAAGGAUUAAUUUCACUCAUUUCAGGAAAAAGAUAGUAAAUCAAUAGAGUACUAGUAAGUAGUAAUGGCUUCUCCAAUGAAUGGUGGUGACGGCACGCAUAGCUACAGCAAGAACUCCACUUUGCAGAGAUGUGGUUUAAGUGCUGUGGAGGAUGCAAUAAAGGAGGCAGUGAUGCAGAAUGUGGAGACAGACAAGUUGUUAUGUGGUUCGACCAGAUUCGCCAUCGCCGACUUAGGAUGCUCAGUGGGGCCCAACACAUUCCACGCCGUUGAAACCAUCAUCGAAGCCGUGCAACACAAGUCGUCCACUAACAACCUCGAAUUCCAAGUGUUGUUCAACGAUCAGAUCGGCAACGACUUCAACACCCUCUUCGCCUCUCUUCCUCAGGAAAGGAACUACUUCGCGGCGGCGGUGGCGGGCUCCUUCUACGGCAGAUUGUUCCCUUCCUCUUCCAUCCACAUCGCCUAUUCCUCGGGCGCACUCCACUGGCUGUCGAAGCUGCCGGAGGGGUUGAAGGUGAAAGACUCCCCGGCGUGGAACGCGGGGAGAAUUCACUACUCCGGCGCCUCCGACGCGGUCGUGAAAGCUUAUGCAGAGCAGUUGGAGGAAGACUUGGAGAAUUUCUUGAGAUGUAGAGCUCAAGAAAUUGUAGGCGGAGGGAUGAUUGUGAUUCUCGUCGGCGGUGUAUCUCAUGCAAACGUUCAACACCGUUCUACCGUGUUGUUUACUUUUGUCGAGGCCAUACUCAUCGACAUGGUUAAAGAGGGAGUGUUAGCGCAGGAGGUAGUGGACUCGUUCAACAUUCCAAUUGUAUAUGCUUGUAUAAAUGAUGUGAGGAGAAUUGUGGAAAAAAAUGGAUGUUUCGAAAUCGUGAAAAUGGAGAUGGUGGAACCCGUGGACAUUGCGACGGCUGAGACUAAUGUAGUAAUGCACCUUAGAGCAGCCAUGGAAGGAACUCUGAUAGAUCACUUUGGAGAAGAGAUAACGGAGCAGGUGUUGGUGAGGGCCAUGCGCCUCCCAACUCACAUGAUGGUCGACGCAGCACAUGGAGGUGGCAUCUUUGCUUUGCUCAAGCGCAAAUAAUUCUACAAAUCACUCCCACCCCACCCCAUCUAUAUCUCUUAUUUCAAAUGCUAUUUUAUUUGUUGUCUCCCUCCAGUUGAGUAUGUCCUAUUAAAAUAAAACCUUCAUUGUUCUUUUUCUUAGACAAAAUAAAAUGUUUUUAUUAAUUCAA